AAAUGCACGAAAACGCACCGGCACACACUCACAGCAUCCUAACGGAUUUCAGAGAGAACAGACAGACAAUUCAGCCCGUGAAUGGGCUGUUGCUAAGGAAUUCACAUUAGGUUUCCCCCUUUCUACCCCGGCAAUAGGACACCAAGAGCUUAAACGAAAUAUAAAAAAAAUCAAGAAGAAACAAGAGUUCCUUAUCAUGUCUCUCUGAACUGUUGAAUAUCUGUCGUUUCAUCAGUGAGAAGACGAGCGGACCAGAAUAACGUGUGCAAACGCCAUUUAACAUCGGACAUCGGAGGCAAGUGGGCUUGUCAGACAGGCUUGCAUUUUUGAUAUGAAAUCCGACGUUGUGAUACAUGCUUUGGCGUAUCAGGGGGCAUCCAUAUUUCUGGGCAUCUAAUGUUUUUUUCACCAGAGGAGUGAUAUAGCCUGCUCUGACGUCUGCAUCAGAUAUUACCCACUGAUUUUUCAAUGUGCAUUUUCCCCUCAGUGACUUUGCACUGAUCUACAUCAUCAUCAACAGCAGCAACGGAAACAAGGGAAUGAACAUUUCUUUCAUCUUUUAAUAAACCCCUCUGCUUCGCUUCAGUCGACCAGCGAUUCCAGCUCAAACAAAUAUCUUUUAACAGUAUCACGUUGUGGAAUAGUCUGGCGCCAGAGCUGGAACCAUGCCUCUUCUGCAGAUUUGGACUGGGAAAUUUCAUCCACCAAUUUGAUCAUCAAGAGGCUGCUGCUCAGUCAUUCAUGUCAGUGCUUGUUGUUUUUUAAGAGGAAGAAUACUUAUCAUCACUUUUAAAAGUAUUGUCUAGGCUGCGUUUCAUUAGCAAGAUGUCUGAUCUUCUAGUGCUGGUGGAGGGGCUCUGUGACCUGCACGGAUUUCCAUAGCUGGGGAAAACAGCGGGGGCCAAUUACAAGAUUUUUUAAUUCGAGAACCCUAUUUUAAUGAAGACAUCGAAUGCGUAGAUGUAAGAUAGCUUAUUCGACAUUUUUAAAAGGCAGUUAUCUUUUGAUUGCCAGUUUUUACUUUGUGCAUUUUCGGGAGGACCACUGGACUGGUUGGAUUAUAGAAACUAUAUCUAAGGAUUAGUGGAAAUGUUGGGUCGUCAAGAAGAUAAAUUAUGUGGAAUUUUCUCUGCUCUGGCGGCUUUGUCCUUCGUAUGCUUUGCUCAAAGCUCCUCCACUGGAAGCACUGGAAUGUCUGUGGCCAAGACCACCGUGGACAAGUUGCUGAAGGGAUAUGACAUUCGUUUAAGGCCUGAUUUUGGAGGUCCUCCAGUCAUCGUAGAAAUGAGCAUCAACAUAGCAAGCAUCGACUCUAUCUCUGAAGUAAACAUGGACUACACCAUCACAAUGUAUUUCCAGCAGAGCUGGCGAGAUAAGCGUUUGGCCUAUGGUGAGCUCAGCCUGAACCUGACACUGGACAACCGUGUUGCAGACCAGCUUUGGCUCCCUGACACCUACUUUCUUAAUGACAAGAAGUCCUUUCUUCAUGGUGUGACAGUAAAAAACCGUAUGAUCAGACUGCAUCCUGAUGGCACUGUCUUAUAUGGGCUGAGAAUAACCACCACUGCUGCUUGCAUGAUGGACCUGAGAAGGUACCCUCUUGAUGAACAGAACUGCACCCUAGAAAUUGAAAGCUAUGGCUACACUACAGAUGAUAUCGUAUUCUUCUGGCAAGGAGGAGACAAUGCUGUGACGGGAGUUGACAAGUUAGAGUUACCUCAGUUCUCUAUUGUGGACAUCCGCUUGGUGUCGAGGGAGGUCCGGUUUACUACUGGUUCAUAUCCAAGACUUUCACUGAGUUUCAGGAUUAAGAGGAACAUUGGAUAUUUCAUCCUGCAGACAUAUAUGCCCUCCAUCCUGAUCACCAUCCUCUCCUGGGUAUCCUUCUGGAUCAAUUAUGAUGCCUCUGCAGCUCGGGUGGCCCUGGGUGUGACAACGGUGCUCACCAUGACAACAAUUAACACCCACCUUAGGGAGACUCUCCCAAAGAUUCCGUAUGUGAAAGCCAUCGACGUCUACCUCAUGGGCUGUUUUGUGUUUGUGUUCCUGGCCCUGCUUGAAUAUGCCUUUGUAAAUUAUGUGUUCUUUGGCCGGGGCCCUGCGCAACAGAAAAAAAUCAAUGAGAGGCUGAACAAAGCCAACAACGAGCGCACAAGAUAUGAAGAGAAGCGCCUGAGGGAACAGGACUCCAUUUCCGUGCCGUUUCAAACCAACACCUUCAGGUCAUUUACACAGCGAAGAAAUCUGUAUCUCGAGGAACAAAGAAAAGUUGGGGUGGAUGCUUAUGGAAAUAUCCUCCUCACCACGCUGGAGAUGAACAACGAAGUGAUGCCUUCUGACGUGGGGAGCAGCGUAAGUGACUCUCGGAAUUCAGUCAUGUCCUUCGACAGCUCCGGGGUCCAAUUCAGGAAGCCCAUGGCGCCUAGAGAUGGCUUCAGCCACCACUCGCUGGAUCGGAGCGCCAUGCGAAGCCGGGCCAACUGUCGGCUACGACGACGCUCCUCUAAGCUGAAGUUGAAAAUCCCAAACCUUUCAGAUGUUAGCACCAUUGACAAGUGGUCCCGGGUCAUUUUCCCUAUCACCUUUGGAUUUUUCAACCUAAUCUACUGGUUGUACUAUGUGAAUUGAUGUGCAUCCCACUAGGAAUCAUGGGCCAUAUUUUGAGAGCACAUUAAAUUGGCUUUGAUACAGUUCAAAAAUAUGUAUACACAUAUACAAGUUGAACAUAUGUAUAUGCAUAUUUCUAUAUACUAUAUUUAUAUAUACACGUGUGAAAUCUGAAGGACAUUUCUGCUGUAAAAAGUAUUAAUAGGAUGACUUGAAUGUUUAAGAAUAAUUGUGAUAGAAGAAUUUCAAGGCUUUGAGUUUCUUUUUCCUCCUGAAACAAACAAACAAACAAACACGAGCUCCCACCAGGGGUUUUUGGAACUAAAGACUGCAUGAUAUUUUUGCUAAAAAACAAAACAAAACAUAACAAAUUAAAAAAAAAAAGAAAGUUAAAGCUCUUGAGAAAGAAAAGAUGUCUCAGAGUCCCACUGACUUUUUAUUGCUACUAUUGUUAUCAGAAUCCUCUACUGCAGCUCAUGAAAUCAGUGGUGGCUUGUUUGUUCAGGCAUCAGCUGAGUGAGAUCCUUGACACCCCCUCCCCCCUCACCCAGCCCCUGCUCUCCUCACCCAACCAAUGCUCUUACAAACCCUCCCAUCACCCAUGGAUAACAUGCACGGAAAUCUCCGGUUCUACUAUGUACAGCAACCUUGUUUGGAUUAUGUGUUGUUCCUUGGGGUUUUUGAAGUGAUAUUGUUCUCUUUAUCAGACAUCAGCUCUGGCCUAAUGGUCCCCAUUAGAGGAGCUGUAUAGAUGGGAUGCUUGACUGCCGCAUUCUUGCCCAGAGUCAAUGCAAACUUGUAUUCCUUUCUCUUCUCAUGUUAUUUUUAGAAAAAAAAAACAUCCUGGGGUAGGGAGGGGGUCUUUUUCAUUAUGGUUAAAAACAAAUGCUGAUUGUUGUAGAUAUGAUUUUGUCUUGAAAAAUACUGUGAUUUCAGAAAGUGUCAGAACAUGUUCUAGAGCUAGGGCAUUAUGCGAUAAAAGAGUCAAAAGGUAUGCAUUACUCAUUUUGAUUGAAAAAAAACAUUCUAUACAUUUUGUCAUUCAGUAUUCUCAUGAAAGUAUACUUGUACUGUUUCUUUCCUCCAAUUGAGUGAUUCACAUGCUCUUUAGAUGCAGAGUUCAUUGAUGUCAUAUACUGCUUUGUGUUUUCUAAAGAAAAUAGGGGAUCGCUUUUGUGAUUUGGCUGAAAUUGUUCCCCAGUGAAGAUGUGAGAACAUGUGUAUUCAAAAGAGUCAACAUGUCUACCCACAGUUUGACCUGCUGCCAUUUAGUAUCAAGUAUUCCUUUAUUUGUUGAGCAUUUCUUCAGUGUGGGAGUUGCAGUUUCUGAAGGCAGGAUUAUUUGAUUAGGAUAGUAAUGGUCAGCCCGAGGGAGAAAGGAUUCAGUAUUUCACCCUCAGACUCAAUCAGUGUCAUACCAUAAAUGCUCCAAACACCAAGGAUCAGAAACAUCAGCUUAAUCAGGAAUCACACAAUGAUCCUUGGGGAGAAAAGGGUUUGGUAAAUAGCCAUGAAGUAAAAUGACACCCAAAAGGCCUAUAAUCCAUAUCACUUUGUUUUGCUAAAACACACACAUACACUACAUCCCCAAAGGGAAAACCCUGCUUUUUUUCUUUUUUUGGGAUAUCACACUAUUUAUAGGUUUCAGCAUCCAAAUCAAGUUAGUUUAGUGCAACCACCAAAAAAGGUUAAAAUGAUAACCUUUAGAAAUUAGAGCAUCAGAUGGCUGAGACAGACAGUGGAUAUUGGUGAGAAGAUAGGAAUGAGCAAAAAACAAAAUUAACAAAAUAUCCUCCCUUGCCUGUUUAGUUUUAGCUGAAGUGCAGAUCAGCAUCUUUCUCCAUGUCAUCUUCAUUUUAGGCACUAACAGGUUCUACCAGGACCAACAAGCUCUGAGCAGAACCUAUAACCAGAUCCACCACAGGGUCCCUUAUCAGGAAAGAGAUUGGCUCAUUAGAAUAGGAGCACAGUGUGGCCCUGAGAAAUAAAAAAGAGCAGUAAAAUUGUCAUAUACUAUAUACAAACACACAGGGAAAGGAGGAAGAUGAAAGGGCUGCAGAGUAACAAGAUGAAGAUGGCAAAGCAUCAGCUGAUUAUCAGAAAUAUCCACUCCUCUCUGGAGUGUAGGGUUGUAUGCAUAAGAUGUCUUCAAAAGGGAAGACUGAUGAGAAACCAGUUUGUAUCAGUAAGUCCAAAUGAAGUUUGUACGGUGACAUGGCUUGAGUUUAGUGUUUCCUUUGGUUUGGAUCUUAUGCAUCACUGACAUAUACUGUAGAAGCAAUUUGGGGGGUGGGGGGGGGUUACCUUUAAAUAUCCAGUAAUCCAUAAAAAUAUAAAGAAAGAUAGUGAGAAUAACGGAAAGACACACUGAGCUGAGUGUUACGUUUGUGUCUGCAGUGAACAAUCACUAUUUAAGGAUACAUGUUAAAUGUGAAAUUAGCAGCAACUAUUUUGAGGUUCUAGGUUAAAAUUUUACCAUCUCCAUUCUGAUGCAGGGUCUGUUGUGUUACAUUUUCAGUAUUAUACUCUUAAGUGGCUAGUAAGCUGAUUUACUGCAUGUGAAUGCAUAUAUUCAGACUUUUUCAAUAGUUACCAAAUGGGAGAUUGAAAUGCAAUGAACUGGAAACAGUAGCAUUAGUUGUUUCAACAUGCAGUCAUUUACACCUUGGUUAAGUAUCCGUACCAAUUUUAAAAGAGUAGCCUACCCCACCAGUUUAGCAUUACACUCCUAUAGCAUUGUGACACUCACAGUGGAAAAAAAUAUCAAAAUUAAUGCUGCAGAAUCAGACAUAGUCUUCUUUUGUUCCAUUCAUUUGUUCUCUUUGUCAAAAUAUGGUGCCUUUAUUACCCACAAUGCAACUUGACCACCUAUAGUUCGGUCAGAGAUUCAGGUGUAUAAUGCCAGUAGUGGCUAAUGUAGCCUUGAGCUGCUAGACUCAAGCAGAGAGGAAAAGCAGGCUAUGGAGGUUUAGUUAGCCCUCUUCUUUCAGACUCCACUCCCAGAUUUUGUUUCCAUUUUCAAGUUUGUAGUCUUCAGAUCUAACUGAUGCUGACUCAAGUGACAUCACAUGAGGCAAUUUAUCAGAUCUUGGGCAACUCCUUUUGGAGCCAGAACAAGCAUGAUAAGCUGGUUUUUUGUCACAUAUGCAGUAGUACUUUCAGUAGUAUUAAAAUAGUAAAGAAAUAUAAAAUGAGAGGAAUAUUUAUUUAUUUGUUUUGCAUGUCAACAAUAAAGUCAAAAUGUUGAGAUAUGCUCCAUCUACGCAUUACCGACAGACAAACUCUGAUAUGUAAAAUCAGUGGAGUUCCCCUUUAACUCAUAUAUCAAUAUGGUAUGUAUGCUGCAAUUUUAGCUUAUAA